UUUUUGUUUGAAUAUUUAAAAUUAUAAUUUUUAUUUCAAUAUUAAAAUACAAAAUAUAUUGAAAUUUUGUUUCUCUAAACGUAAUCAUAUAUUUUUUGUGUUUUUAAAAAAAAUAAAAUAACGCGAAUAAUUUAUGUGUUGUUCUUUAAACAUUUUGACAACUAAUGUAGAAUUUUUCUGUAUAUUUAAAUAAAAUUGCAAAUUUAAAAUUAUAUUACAAAUAAAAUAUAUGUAUGUAAAAUAAAUCCCAAUGUAAAAAUGCAAGCAGUAAAAGACGAAAAUAUAUCAUCACAAGCAGCAGUUGGAGGAAUCGGUGAAACUCAAACUCAAGCAUCUUAUGUAUGGUCACAAAUUGAAUCUCAACCAAUUCAUGUUGUAUGGGGCCAAUUGUAUUCAAAGAAGGCGAAAAUAAAAAAUCUUGAUUUGUGUAAAGAAAAGUUUUGUGUUGGACGGGCAGAAACCAAUGAUCUCGUUUUAAAAGAAGAUGAUAUUGAGCAUAAACAUCUUUGUAGAAUGUCAAAAGAACAUUUUUCUAUUAGUCGAAAUCUUCCAGCUGGCUUAAAUCCAGUUUAUAUUCAGGAUUUAUCAAGAAAUGGUACUUUUGUUAAUGGCGAGAGAAUUGGAAUGAAUAAAAGGAGAAUUUUAAAGCAUGAUGAUAUAAUAGCAUUGUCAUAUUUUAAAUAUCAAGUUUUCGUAUUUAAAGACUUAAGUCCAAAUGAGUCAAAUGGCUUACCAAAAGAAAUUUGUGAUAAAUAUUAUAUUGGAAAAAAUUUAGGAUCUGGUGCUUGUGGAACAGUCCGUUUAGUUUAUGAUGUAAGAACAUGUGAUGAAUAUGCCAUGAAAAUAGUACAAAAAAAUCCAUUAGCCGAAUCAACACGUUCAUGUAAUUUAAAUGAUCCAAAUCGUGUUUUGAAUGAAGUAAAAAUCAUGAAAUCUUUAGAACAUCCAUGUGUUGUAAAAAUGCAUGAUAUUGUAGAUAAAGCUGAUUCAGUAUACAUGGUGUUGGAAUAUAUGAAAGGAGGUGAUUUAUUAACAAGGAUAAUUAAAAAUAAAAGACUUUCGGAAAAAAUAUCAAAAUUAUUUUUUUAUCAAAUGUGCCAUGCUGUAAGAUACCUACAUGAAAAUGGUAUAACUCAUCGGGAUCUUAAACCUGACAAUAUUCUAUUAGAAACCGAUGACGAAGAAACUUUACUUAAAAUUUCUGAUUUUGGUUUAAGUAAAAAUGUACGAAAAAAUUCUGAAUUAAGAACAUUAUGUGGAACACCAUUAUAUGUAGCACCAGAAAUUUUAUUAACCGGUGGUCGAGGUUCUUAUACAGAAAAAGUAGAUAUCUGGAGUCUUGGUGUAGUUUUAUUUACAAUGUUAAGUGGAACAUUACCAUUUUCGGAUGAUUAUGGUACACCUGCUACUGAGCAAAUAAGAAGAGGUGAUUUCAAAUUUAAUCAUCCAUCAUGGAAAAAUGUUUCAUCAACUGCUAAAAAAUUCAUUAUUGAAAUGUUAACAGUUGAUCCAUUUCGUAGACCAAGUAUUAAUUAUGUUUUAACACAUAGAUGGCUAAAGGAUCCAGAUAUUAUAAGAAAAUCAUGUAAAUUAAUGAAUUUAAAUAAUUUAAUGUCAGAUGAUGAAAAUUUCUUAGAACCACCAGCUAAAAGACAAAGGAUUUUAAGAGAUCCAAAACGUAUAUAAACUGUUAAAAUGAUAAUAAGUUGUUUUUCUUUAUUUAACAAAAAAAAAAAAAAAUUAAAAUUCGACAUAUUUUUUUUUAAAUUCUCAUUAUUAUUAAUAUUUUUAAUUUUUAAUUGAGAAUUAAAUGUCUCACUAAUUAUAAAUUAGUCUUGAUUAAACAUUGUAAUAGACAAAGCUUUUAAUAUAAACUGAAUAACUAUAGAAAAUUAUCACCUAUACCUAAGAAAUAAAAUUAAAAUUAGGUAUUUUUGUGUGAUAGUGGAAAACUAUUUAAAAUAGUCAGUUGAUCAAUGUACUAAAUUCAACAGUUUCUUUUUUUAAAUUAACAAAAUAUUUUACGUGCUAUGAAUUUGUGUCUGAGAGUCUCUUUAACGAAAUAAGUUUCAAUAAAACAUUUUUCUUUUAUUACUGUUUCAAAUAAAGUUUUAGAUACAUAUUAUAUGCAUAUUUCAAAAAAUUAUUAUGGCUAGUGGUUAGAUGAAAACAAAAAAAAAAAAAAUUGAACAUGUAAGAUGUGCCAAAAUCAAGAAGUAGAUUAAGAAAUUUUAUAAAUUUAUAAGGCUAUUUCGAUACAAAUUGUACCUCAUUUUUUCAUAAUGAGUUUUUUUUUUAAUCUUUUAUAAAGAUAUAUACAUAUUUGAAAUCAGACAAUUUAUAAACAUAAAUUAAUAAAAAUAUUUCA